AUGCAAGCUAUUAUAUGUAUGUAUAUUGUUUAUGUGUUAAGAUAAGGAGAUUUAUCGGGUUGAAAGAAUAUUAAUACUAAUGUUUUAGAUACAAUCGAUAAAGGAUCGUACGAAAUCAAGAGAGAGGACGAAGAUCAAGUCAUAGACAAUAUUGAAGAAUUGACAGAAGAAUUACCAGACAACAGUCCUAGAUUUGUGGUCUUAUCGUACCCAUUCAAGUUGUCGGAUGGGAGAUUGAAGACUCCAUUGGUUUUGUUGUACUGGAGACCCCCAACAUGUGGUCAGGAGAGCAAGAUGUUAUACGCAGGGUCAGUUGAGUUAAUGAGAGAAAAGGCCGGAGUAGCAAAGUAUGUAUAA